GGCUCUACAAGAAGUCUCUGUAAGUCAGUGUGCGACUGUGUGCGACUACGCAUCGCGCAUCAUCUAAUUUAGUGGCCCGACAUAUCCUCGAUUAUUACUUAUUUGGCUACCAAACAGACUGAUUGUUUUUCGGAAAUCGUGCAUAUUGAAAGAGUGAGAAAGAUAAAGAGAUUCGACGAAAAAAGGCGAGAGGUCAGAUUGGAAGAGUUGAUGCAGAUAGUAGGAAUUCGAAAAAGCUAAGGAGACUUAUUAAGAAAUCAAUUAACACUGCAGAAAUGACGGAACAUUUUCUAUUCGUAAAAUUACUUCUUUUGGCAAUAGUUUUCACAAAUAUUUAUGAGUGUUAUGCCGUUUAUUCUCCUCCAGCGGCUACGGUGCAACCUCUUCAUCCUAGAGGACUACGCAUAUCUAUUCCUGAUGAACAUGGAAUUACAUUGGUGGCUUUCCAUGUAAAAAUCAAUGAGGAUUUUGAUGGACUAGAAGCGGGACAUAUCGCGAAAGAUAUUCUCAAAGUUCGCAAUGAACGAUGGACUUACCAAGACAAAACUACUGAGUUAAAAAGAGAUGAUAUUAUCUAUUAUUGGGUUCAUGUUGUUUACCAAGGUCUGGGUUAUAAUUUGAUUGAUCAACGGCACCGGGUUAUCGAUUUUUACAAUAAUGACGGUACUCCGUAUAUCAGUGAAACGGUUCCAGAUUCACAGAAUUGCACAACAACAUCGAUUACAUGGAUCUUCGAGAACGACGAACGACGACAAGCCUGUCCACGUCAACUUAUCUUCGAGGAGAAUUUCGAUAAUGUCGAUAGCGCAAAAUGGAAUAAGUUAAAACGUUUUGCCGGUCUACCGGAUUAUGAAUUUGUCGUCUAUAUGACUGACGAUGUAAUGGAUACGAGCGAUGGAAAGCUGCGUAUUAAACCGAUCUUGCUUGAUACCAAAUAUGGCAGGGAUUUCGUAUCGCAUGGAAGUUUAAUUCUGGAAGGUUGCACAGGCGAAAUUGGUACACAUGAGUGCCAAGGUCAAGGCAAAGGCAGAUACAUCUUGCCCCCUUUAAUUUCCGGACGUAUUAAUACAAAGGGAAAAUUUGAAUUUCUCUUUGGACGUGUCGAAAUAAGAGCCAAAUUACCACGUGGAGAUUGGGUGUAUCCUCUGAUAACACUGGAAAGCGCCGAGAAUACAUGGCAAUUGGGAUUGCAUCGCGAGAUAAGAAUUGCGUCUUCAGUGGGCAACGAAGAGCUACGGACUCCCGAGGGUGAGACCAUCAAUAGUCGUAUAUUAGCCGCGGGUGGAUUAAUCACGGCCAUAAAUGAGAGUAACGCACAGAGUACUAAUCGCAUGACGCUGCUCAAGAGACAGUCGAGCAAUCCUUGGUCGGACGAUUUCCAUACCUUCGCGAUCGAAUGGAAGAAUGGUCUCAUUGUAGUAAAGGUCGAUGGAGUGCAGUACGGCGAACAAACCGUAGACGCAUCGUUUAACAAACCGUCGUAUUUAACGUUGGGCGUAGCUGUCGGAGGUAUUCACGAAUUUCAGGAUCUCGUCACGAGCGGUAGUUAUACCAAACCUUGGCGAAAUGUCGGAGCGAGGGCGUUGUACGAUUUCUAUCACGCGAAAAAUCAGUGGUAUCCCACAUGGGACACAAAAACAGUGCUUCAAGUGGAUUAUGUGAAAGUGUGGGCAUUGUAAAUAUUUUCCUAUUUACGAAACAUCCGCACGGCUACUACGUUUAUUUUUAUAAUUUUAAAUACAUUGCGUCUUAUAAAAUAACAUAUUCAUACAAUUAUAAAAACUCAUGUUAUAAUGCAAAAUAAGUAAUAACUCUGACUGAUUGCACUUGAUAAUUAUCUCUUA